AUGGCGCUGUUUGAUGAACUCAAAAGCAAGUCUGUUAGAAAAGUUGAGAAACCUCUUCACCUAAUCAUCUUCAUUGUGAACAUUUUUUUCUCUGGUGUUGGAACAAUGAUCACAGGAUGCAUCUCAAAAGAGGGUUUUAGCGUUUACACAAUCUUGGUAGGGUUGGUGCAAUUACUCACUGCAUGGUUGAUUGUUGGUUGGAUAUGGAGCAUCUUCUGGGGUUACUUAAUCUUCAAAAAAUCGGAUUGA